CGCCCUUUCAGCCAAUAGGAAUCAGGUAAACAGUGUCCUUGGUGUGUAGCUGUUAGUGCGGCUGGAGAAGAUUCGUUCAAUAGUUAUAUAUAUAUUUUUUAACAUUUAAGUAAACCAUGUCGGUUAAACAUGCUCUUAGUCGUGGGCUGGAGUUGGGAAGGUCGCUUUUCCAGCUGGGAAUCUUAAAACCUGCGGGCCGAAUUGCAGCCAAGUUCCGAGGUGAUCGCCUGCGGGUGAGUCAGACAGGCCGCGCCGUGCAGCCUCGGACUUUCCUGCCUGCUCGCUACCGGUAUUUCCGCUCGUCCGUCAGCGGCCUCGCCGCGCAGCUCCAGUCCGCCGGAUUCAGGAGGCUAAUCGGAGGCGGCUCUCCGAGAAACAGAGCGGUUUUUCUGGCUUUCGGUGUCGGUUUGGGUUUGCUCGAUCAGCAGCUGGACGAAGACCGAAGGAACGCAGCGACAUGCCAAGAAAUCCAGGCGUUCUUUGUAAAGAAGAAGUUUCAAAGCCCUGUAAAACCAUUCUCAUCUGGAUAUAAACUGGAGGACUAUGUGAUUGGGAAGCAGAUAGGAAAAGGCUGCAACGCUGCUGUCUACGAGGCUGCGGCUCCGUUUGCUCCCCUCAGGGCUAACGACAAGUGCUCCCUCGUGGAGCUGAAACAGAAUGGAGAAGAAAGUCAUGUCAGAGCUCAUCUAAAAUUCCCCAGUUCACUCAGUUACCCCCUGGCUGUGAAAAUGAUGUGGAAUAUUGGGGCAGGUUCUUCUAGCGAGGCGAUCCUGAAUGCUAUGUCCCAAGAGCUGGUUCCUGCAAGCCCUCAGGCUUUGAGGAAAGAAAAAGGAGAGCUUGUCCUGAGUGGUGAUUUUGGAAAAACACUCAAAAGAGUGCCGGCCCACCCCAAUGUGAUCCGAGUGUAUCGGGCCUUCACGGCUGAGGUGCCACUUCUGCCUGAUGCUUUGGACGAGUACCCUGCUGUCCUGCCUGCCAGACUCAACCCUGCCGGCCUGGGCAACAACCACACACUCUUCCUGGUCAUGAAGAAUUACCCAUGUACCCUGCACCAGUACCUGCAAGUGUGUGUGCCAAGCUCCAGACAAGGCUCCAUGAUGCUUUUGCAGUUACUGGAGGGUGUGGAUCACCUGUGCAGGCAGGGCAUUGCCCACAGAGACCUCAAAUCCGAUAACAUCCUCUUGGAGUUUGACUCUGUGGGUUGCCCCAGACUGGUCAUCACUGACUUUGGCUGCUGCCUGGCAGAGGAAGGUUUAGGACUGAAGCUGCCCUUCACCAGCCGCUAUGUGUACCGAGGAGGGAACUCUUGCCUCAUGGCACCUGAGGUGGCCACAGCCAAGCCUGGCCACGGUGUGGAGAUUGAUUACAGUAAGGCGGAUGCAUGGGCAGUAGGAGCCAUCGGUUAUGAGAUCUUCGGUCAACCGAACCCAUUUUACAGCGCCACAGGCCUGGAAAGCCGCACCUAUCACGAGAAACAGUUGCCUCUUAUGGGUGCCAGCGUGCCUUCGCCUGUACAGCUGGUGGUGAGGCUGCUUCUGCGCAGGAACCCUAAUAAGCGCCCCACUGCACGUGUGGCUGCCAAUAUCCUGCACCUGAGCCUGUGGGACAAACGCACACUAGCCAACCUGAACCCUGCCAGCAUGGGGAAGAUGGCUGACUGGCUGCUAUGUCACUCAGCUGUAGUUCUCCUUAAAGGCUGUGGAGGCAGUGCCUCGGUGGAGGCCGAGCUCCAGACAGGAUUCCUCGCCAGCCUGGAUCUGGAGGAGCUUCGCACGGCAGCGGGAUACCUCCUGUACGGACGACACCUAUGGCCGAGUGUUAGCGUCUGAGCUAGAUUAUGAGAAGCUGUUGUUUGGAGUGUUUAUCUUGAGAAAAGCACAGAGACGGCACGUAGUUUCCUGAGUUAACACUGUGGAUGCGAUGGCACUUUAUGUACAUGCACUUUUCCUUGCUCUUCGUACGUUUCCUGUUUGACGGAUUUGACAUGGGUUUUACAUAGGAUGUGACUAAACAGUGUGGAAAUACACCUGGAGUAUCAGGAGUGUAUUCAUUAUUUCUAAGUAAUUGCAAGAAGAUGUACAGAUAUGUUUCUGUUAAAGGGACAGUUUUGUUCUUGUUAAUCACAUCACAUGAAAUAAACACUAUCCUUUUAAA